CGGUAGUGCAAGUUUUAUGCACAAAAUGUAAUUUUGCUACACCGUUUCAAAGGGACGGUGUGGAGCCAGUGUAAUUAUAAACAUGGAUGUCAACCGGGAAGAUUUUAGCACAAUAAUGAAAUUUAUCGAUAUAUUAUUUUCAUCAAGUGAAGAAGCAGAAGACGAUGAAGAAUUGUUACAGCUCGCAAUUCUGCGUAACAAAAAACAAAAUCCCGAAAUUAAAAAAUUUUAUUACUGUUGUUCGGGAAUAUUCAAAUAAUGAGUUUCGAAAACACUUCCAAUUGAACAAGGAUACAGCUUAUAAAUUAAUCGAGAACUAUGAGCAAUUAUCUUAUGCACUAUCAAAUAUAAAUGGAGGAAUUAAGAGAAGAUCUCCCGAAGAAGACAUGCUGGUAUUCUUGUGGUUUGUUAGUAAUAAGGAAUCAUUGCGGUGUGUUGCAACGCUUUUUGGAGUCUCCAUUAGAACAGUUUUUCAUUGAUGUAACAG